AUGCUCUCACUUCCGCUUACGAGCCUGUCCACGGCUCAAGACGCGGAUGCCAAGCAGCAGAAGUUCAACUGGCAGAAAGAAACAUAUGACCUCACUUUCGUAAUUGACAGCUAUGGUGGACGCGAUAAUGCUCAGCUCAUAAAAGUGGUUCAGGGCACGCAGGUUCGGCACCUUAUAGAGAUAGAGCGACUCGUAAAGGAAGGAGAAAAAUUGAUUCGUCAAAUGCAAGAUCAAGGAGUGCAGAUGCAGGCGGAACAGCUGCCAACCUCCGCCAUUGUUCGCAGCCCAUUGCUUGCUAUCCGAUGGCGAUUGCCCAAUCAAAAAGUUCGUCGUAUUCAAAUCAGGUUCAAGUCCGAAAAAGACUUCGACACGGCAUUCAAUCGCCUUCGUCAAAUCGACCUUCACAUGACUGGGCACAACACUCCAUCAUCCAUAACAGCUCCAUCUCCGAGACCAGCACAAGCACUUUUAUCACUCUUCAGACCUAACAUUGAAUCUGCCGCUUCUUCUGAGCGACCCAUGAGCAGUGCCAACACAGAAGGCGGACUGACCUGCCCCCCAUCGCGAUUAGCAGAAAUCUCCAAUCGACCUCGCACUGCCGUCAAUGCAUCUACGACUUUCGAACCUCACUUACAAGCAGCUACUAACACUCGUCUUUCAUUCGCUACCCCAACCUCUGACCGAGGAGACACUCUUACUACAGCUUCUUUCUCCAGUCCUCUGAAUCCGCCAGUGCUUUUCCCUCGGCCUCAAUCGGCCACCGCUGAUAUCCUGAGUCGUAGUUGGAAAGAUGUCUCUUCCUCCUCAGAUCACUCUCGCUCUACUGUAGAAGAACCUCCACAAGCAUCUACUGAGCGCCCAGAGACUGCAAUGCUUUUCAACCGCCCAGGUACUGCUGAACUGCUACCGCCACGACGAGAACUCCCUUUUCAACGCCUAUCAGAGCCAAAAUCAUCGGGAAGCGAUAGUGGGCGAGCUUCUGAUAGUAGGCCAUCCACCGGGUUGAUGGGUCCCCCUGCUCUACCACGCUCAGCUGCCCAACGACCCGGAUCCAGUCGCAGCGCAAACAGUAAGGAUGUUGAGCUCCCUCCUCUGCCACAACCUACUGUAAUUGACAAGGUUGGCCGUGGCAAGCAGCCAAUGCGACAACCCCCUCAUACACCGAAUCAGGACCAGAACUUAUUUCAACGUGCACAGACAUCCCCAAAUAACCAUUCUGGGCAUGCAUCGUCACCCACAGCAUUCUCGUCUCCGUUGUCUUCUCCACUAUCAUUCGCAAAUUCGAGUUCCCCUAAUUCGGUAUUGCUACAGAAUCACAUAUCAGAAGCUAGUCACCAUAUCUCGAACGUGCUCGUUGCCAGUGGUACUACACCCGGAGCUAAUGAUAUCGAACGUCUAGCAGCAUAUACGAUGCAACCUGAUGAAGCACGCAGAGCAGCACUCAACGAGUUUAUCUUUCGCCAUCUCGAGAGCGAUGAGUUUCUCACUUUGGUGGAGGACAUGGAAACAGCUUGGGCUCGGGUUGCUCUCGGUAUGCGGUGA